AUUUGCAUCCUGUGCAAAAUCAAUAGCAGAUCCCAUGGGAACAACCGUGCUCUCAGCAUCACCUCACUAUUCUUCCUCCACCAAAGGCACAAAGCUGGACCCAGCUGCUGCCCUCUGCCCCUUGUUUCAGACCCUGACACAAGCCAUUUCUCAUUGCAGCGCCCAUGGAGUCACCCCGUGUGCCCAUCCACACUCGCCCCACUUGGGCUCAGCAGUCCUACAGGCAUUUUGGCUGAAGCCAUCCCUGGGCCACGCACCUCUGUGAGUUCCCGAGGAACUCAGACUCCUGCAAGCACGAGGGUGAAGGACUCAGGCCAACAGACAGACUGUGGAAAUACAGUUUUCAAUAAGGAAAUCGUGCAGCUCUCUGGUUACCUGAAGGAGGCCCUGCACCGUGAGCUGCUGCUGAAGCAGAAGAUGGUGAUCCUGCAGGAGCUGCUCGCCACACUGCUGCACGCCUCUGAGAAGUCCUGGCAGGGUCAGCUGAAUGAAGAUAAACUCAAGUGUAAACUGAGGGCCCUGGAAAAUCAGCUGCAGGCCUGCACCCAGAGUUACUCAAAGGAGUGUGUGAAGAAGAUCCUGAUAGAGAUGGAGGACCAGAAGCAGACCUAUGAGCAGAAGGCAAAGGAGGCUCUGCAGAAAAUGCUCGAGGACAAACUCCAGGCAGAGCAGCAGCUGCAAAACUCUCAGAGGUGCCUGGCUGCGGUGAGGGAGGACCUUGCCUUCUGGAAGGAGCACUACACCAUGCUCAAAUCCGAGUGGGCCCAGAUGGCCAAGGCACACAGCGAGCUCAAGAGCAACCUUCACACCCUGCAAAGCCAGCUGCAGCACACGGCUACAAGGAAUGAGGAGCUCUGCCAGGCCCUGGACUUCCUGCAGCACGAGCAUGCCGAGCUCCAGCAGCAUGCUGACAGCCUGCAGCAGGACAACCAGCUCCAAGCCAAGCGUAUCUGCAACAUCGAAGGUAAAUUGCAAAAAGAGCAAAAUCAGAAGCUAAUAUUGGAGGCAACAAUCAGCCACCUGCACAACCUGAUGCAGAACCAGACCAAUGAGCAGAAAACACAGGAAGUGGUGGUGCAAAGGAAAGAUCAGGUUUUCACCAUGCAGAACCCACCUCUCACUCCUGCCAAGGAAAUGCAAAAUGCAAUGUCUGAGCAUCCCAAGGAGAAGGCAGAAGAAAACCUGAGGGAUGAGAUGCAGGAAAGGACAUCCCAGCUUACAGCAAAGGAGAAAGAGGUACGUAAGGGCACACGAGCAGCAGAAGGGGAAAUCCCCCCUUGUCCCACUGCCCACACACAGGUGAAGCACCAUAGCUGCUGCGGGAGCCCUGCCUUUUCUGGGGUGUCUGAAGCCACAGGGCUCCCUCCUGCUGACCCCUGCCUCCAUUCCCCCUCCUCCAAGUGCCAGGAGCUGCGUGCAGAGCUGGAGGCACUAAGUGAGGAGUACCGCUGCUGCCUGAGCUGCCUGCGCCAGUGCCGCCAGGAGCUCAACCAAAGCCAGAUGGUGAAGAGACAACGCGGUAACUGGCUCCCUCUUCUGCUGGCAGUGAUAGCAAUAGCCACGGCUGCUGUGCUGGCCAGCUACAGGCCAUGAGCACCUCCUCAGUGACCUCCGUGCACAACUGACUCCUGACCUGCUGGCAGCAACCUGCCCUCACUGCGGUGCUUCUUCUGCCGCUCCUUGCCUGCUUCAUACCCCAAGCUGGUCUCGGCCAGAAAAACUGACAUGGCUCCAAUAAAUGUGGGGAGAUCA